UUCAUAGAGUAAGCCCCACAUAAGAGGGGUGAGGAUCUAGGGCUUCCUGGGGUCAGACUUGGGGUGAUGGGUGAGACACUUCCCUCCAGCUGGCCCAAGGCCACCACUUCCGAGUUGUACUCCGUGUCCCCGGCUUCCUGUGUGGGGACUCUGCCUGUGGGCAGGUGUCUGGGUUUCACCCAGUCUGUCCCUCUGUAUAGUCUUGUCACAAAGCUCUUGCAGCAGCCCCCUCAUACCCAUUUUACAGACACCGAGACUGAUGGCCGUGAACCUCAGUUUCCCCUUUUGCUUAUCCUGUGUCUGAAGGUUUGUUCUGAGAGCACAGGCCACGCACAUUGGGGCCCCACUGGUUACCAUCUUGAAGUAGGGUAGGGACCUAAAACCAGAGUUACCUGUGGACGUUAGCUGCCGGGACCUCCCCUCGUGGCCCUGUCUCAGUAUCUUGGAGACAGUAUGAGGAUGUUGCGCCUUGUCAACCCUUCCUCCACUCCCAGCCAGGCGCCCCGGGCACCCCUUGGCAGCUGAGGGACUGAAGGCAGAAAAGAGGCUUUGUGCUGAGGAGGGGGAGGCCCGGGAAGGCAUCCAAAGGGCCACCCCCAACCCCAGGAAUGUGGUGAGACUGAGCCCCUACAACUAGGAUGCCCAGGGGCUCUGCAGAGCCACCUUGGAACACUUGGCUGCUGCCAGUCCGCAUCCCAUAGUAGGAUGACUUCCUGGCCCUGUGACAUCCCUCCUCGCCUCAGCCCUACUUCUCUGACUGGUUCCAGCAUUCACAUAUCCCAGUUCUACGCCCACAUGGCUAACCCAGGAACUGGUGCUCCUACGUGGUGACCCGGACUGUCUCCUGCCACGUGCAAAAUGGUACCUACCUCCAGCGAGUGCUACAGAACUGCCCGUGGCCCAUGGGCUGCCCUGGGAACAGGCUCCCCUGGCCUCCUGGAGCCCACGUGGACGGACAGCGGCAUGCGGCGGAUGGCAGUGAGGCCCACAGCCCUCUCAGGUUGUCUCAACUGCAGCAAAGUGUCUGAGCUGACAGAGAGGCUGAAGGCGCUGGAGGCCAAGGUGGCGGUGCUGAGUGUGACAGAGCAGACAGUGCCCUCAGUCCCAGCCACCCCUGAGGACUCUGCCCUGCUCUGGGGCUCCCCGGCUGCCCGGGGCAGCCCUGGAGAUGGAAGCCUGCAGGAUAGACUUGAUUCUUGGGGGCUUCCUGGGCCCACAGGCCCCAAGGGAGGCACCGACAGCCAGAGCCCAGUGAGGAUUAGAGGCCCGCCAGGCCCACAGGGACCCCCAGGACGCCCUGGCCAAACAGGAGCUGCAGGCACCCCUGGAAAGAUGGGACCUCCAGGGCCUCCAGGUCCACCUGGACCCCCAGGGCCUCCAGCCCCUGUAGGGCCACCCUAUGGCCAGGUCUCUCUGCAUGGGGAUCCACUGCUGUCUAAUACCUUCACUGAGAUGGGCAGCCACUGGCCCCAAGGACCCACUGGGCCCCCAGGUCCUCCAGGCCCCCCAGGGCCCAUGGGUCCUCCUGGACUUCCUGGCCCCAUGGGUGCCCCUGGGAGUCCUGGACACAUGGGAAUCCCAGGCCCUUCUGGACCCAAAGGAACCUCUGGCCACCCAGGAGAGAAGGGAGAGAGAGGACUGCCUGGGGAACCUGGCCCCCAGGGUUUGAUGGGGGUUCCGGGAGAACCUGGCCCCAAAGGAGACCCUGGUGAGAAGAGCCACUGGAACCAGACUUGGGAUCCGGGGCAGGCCCUGAUGGCACAGGUACCCCCAGCCUCCUUCGAGGCAAGAGGGGAGGACACCCAACCAACUACCCGAUCAUCACCCCCAGGAGACGCAGCGAGAGGAGCUGAGAGGCUGCAGGCUUCCUCCCCUAGCCUGGACCUGACCCGCUGCCUCCGGGACUGCCAGGUCCUAUUUAUUAAUACCCUCAGGGAUCCCUUGGUCUUAGGGGUAGGCAGAUCUCAGUGAUGGCAGCCUAUAACAUGACAGACUAAACAGGGACUGGGCCUCAAAAAGUCAGGCCUCACUUGCACCCGGCCUGGUUGGUUCCCUCUGUGAAAUGGGGUGAAAAGGCUUUGAAUGGGGGGUGGACGGAGGUACAAGUCACGUCAGCUGCCUAAAGUUAGGACCUGGGACCGCCUGGCCCUGCAGAUAUGCAAGGAUUGGGGCGGAAGUCUCAGUUCCCCUCCUGUAAAACCUUGGGGAGUCCUGUGUGCCCCUUGUUUUCUGGUGCUGAGUUCCCACCUGAGUCCAGGCUGCUUAAUCUAACUGAACGGUCGGUGCUUCUUAUAUCAGCUCUACCCCAGGCCCCUGCUCCCAUGUCCUCUGUGGGAAUGGGAUGUGUACAAGGGACGCCUACUCCAAGUGUCUGCUGCAGAUGCCACGAGUCAAUAUGUACAGGACAAUAAACAUCCCUGCUUGACCCUA